UCAAGUCCAGUAGAUCAUCCGAAAAUGCCGCCGCAGACGAAGGACGAGGAUGUUUGCCAGAGAGAAGUCCCGAUUCCGGACUGGGUUAAGCCGGAAGCAUUUGAGGAUCUACUCAAAAGUAAGGUGAAGGAUUACAAGGAAACUAAAGCCCUGAGAGCCAAAGCAGGAGUCGCUGCUGGCGAGAACUAUGCCACCAUAAUGCUCAGAGUAGAACUGGAUGUUGAGACGAAAGAUGAAUCCAAAAUAACAAAGGCAUUCAUGUUGAAAACACCACACAAGACUGAAGCUUAUCGCAAACUUCUCGAUAAUACUAACAUCUUUGAUGUGGAGCGUGGAAUGUAUAUGGAAGUGGUUCCUGAACUAGAGCAACUUUACCGAGAUGUAGGCUUGGAGGUUAAAUUUGGGGCAGAGGCCUACGAGAUAAAAGCCAGGGAUUACUAUGUCCUGCUGGAGGACCUAAGUCCUCGAGGUUUCAGAAAUUCUGAUCGCCUCCAAGGUUUGGACCAAGUUCAUACUGAGAAUGUUCUAAGGAAAUUUGCCCAAUGGCAUGCUGCAUCUGCAGUUCGCGUGGACCUCAAAGGACCUUACAACGAGAAAUAUACAGGAGGGGUUUUUAAAUCGGAAGCCAUUGUGGAUGCCUUUUGCAAUCGCAGUGCUAAAAACUUGAUAAAACAUAUCGAUCAGAUCAAAGGGCAUGAGGCUUACAUCAAGGAUUUGCACAGUGUCGCAGGAAAGUUAUUUGAUGUGGUAAACGAUCUGAAGGAACCGAAAGCCGAUGAAUUCAACGCCCUGAACCAUGGCGAUGGUUGGUCCAAUAACAUUAUGUUCCAGUACAACGAGAAAAACGAGAUAUUGAAUACGUAUUUCGUUGACCUGCAAAUACCCAAAUGGGGAACAGUAGCUCAGGAUUUGUUCUACUUCCUGAUUUCGUCAACAAGCCUGGACGUCAAAACCUCGAAGUUCGAUUAUUUCAUUUGGUUCUACCACUCGGAAUUGGUCAAGCAUCUAAAACUUCUGAAUUACUCAAAGACAUUGCCUACCCUAAGGAGCAUUCGCGAUGCCCUUAACAAAUACAGUGGAUGGGCCUUCAUCUGCUCUGCUUGCGUAAUGGGAUUCGUCCUUCUAGAUCCCACAGAAGAAGCAGACUUCGAAAAAAUCAUAUCAGAGGAUCAUUCUGGCUUUACAAAGUCAGUUUACACCAAUCCCAGAUACGUCAGGCAUUUGGAAGUCGUAUUGCCAUGGCUGCAGCACCAAGGCGCCCUAGAAUAGGUUCCUAAAAUAUAAUAUAAUUUGUGUUCAAGUAAUCAAGAACUAAUCAUUUUCCAAACAAACAAUACAUUUCAUAGCUUAUUCAAAACGUAAUAAAAUAAAAAUACGUAAAAUAAAAA